AUGGGUACCGUUGCAGCUUAUGUCGAAGAUGGCAAGGUUCCACAGCAACAAGCUGAUGAUCAUCAGCAGAAAGACCUUGAUGCUGGUGCUCUUUUUGUUCUGAAAUCCAAAGGAUCAUGGCUGCAUUGCGGUUACCAUCUGACAACAUCAAUUGUUGCACCACCUCUUCUUAGUCUGCCCUACGCUUUCACAUUUCUUGGAUGGGCGGCCGGAGUUGCAUCUUUGGUGAUCGGAGCUCUGGUCACUUUCUAUUCAUACAACUUGUUGUCUUUAGUUCUUGAGCAUCAUGCUCAAAAGGGUCAUCGCCAGCUUCGGUUCAGGGACAUGGCUAACCACAUAUUGGGUAAUUCAUUCACCUGCUUUUCCCUUCUCUUUUAG